AUGUCGCAACAAGUUUCGGCUAAGAAGCAGCAAGAGCUGCAGGCGCAAUACUCAAACUACAAGGAAACCCUCCAGGCCAUCGCACAAAAGAUUGGUGAUGUUGAGACUGAAGCCGAAGAACACAAACUUGUGUUAGAAACACUCGAACCACUACCAGGCGAUCGCAAGUGUUUCCGCAUGAUCAACGGUGUCCUGGUGGAGCGAACCGUACAAGAUGUCUUACCGCAGCUCAAGACCAACGCAGAUGGCCUCAAGAAGGUACUUGAAGACCUCUUGAAACAAUAUACCACCAAGCAGGAGGAACUCGAAAAGUGGAAGCGUCAAAACAAGAUCCAAGUUGUCACACAGUGA